AUGGAAACCCCAACAUAUCCUUUGGCGCCCCAGGAGAGACAGAAGAAAAGACGACUCCAGUUUUAUGGACUUACUCCCCCAGAUUUUGGUCGUGCGGCCGAGGACUUGAUUAAGGACGAGGAGCUGCCGUUAUACGCUCGAACGAUAGUGGCUUAUCUUAUGGAGAACAGGAAAAUGUACGAGUCCAUGGUACAACAGAACCGAUUACUAGAGCUGCCGCCCUGCAAUGAUGAACUAGGACAAUUUGAUGAAUUGAAACGCAGAGAGCUGGUCGCUGGGGUUGAAACUGCUGUGGCAUUUAUCAGCCCAUCGUAUCGUUGUAAAUGGCAAAAGCUAGCAUAUCUUUACCUCGCCUCUAACGGCGGACAAACUUACAAGAGACUUGCCAGUGCGCUAACCCCGGCUAACCUGGUUUUGAAACCAAUCAACUUUACUGUAACGAAACUCAGUGCAGAAAAAGUUUCUGACAUACUGCAACCCCUUGCUGUUGAUAAUGAGGUGACCUAUCCCAGCGAGUUUGGCUGUUAUCUCGAUAGGACAAGGGCAGUCUGUGUGUUCCUACAAGACCCUCGCUUUUCACUCAACCUUCUAUAA